AUGUCUCGGAUGACUGAGAGGCAGAUCUUGAAGAUGAGCUCUAUGGAGUUCGAGAUCCGAAAUGCUCUGGGCAACAUGGGGUUUUCUGCAGACGACAUCUCUGCUGCCAUCAAGAAGACGGGAGGGAAGAGCGUCGAAGCAGCCAUGAGCGUCUUGCUGAAAGAUGAACGGAAUUCUCAGAGAAGCAGCAAGAAGCAGAAGACAGAAGCGAAGCAGACUCCUCCCAAGAAAUCACCGAAGAAGAGCAGUAACGAGAAGCGUUCCAAGAAGAAAUCGAGCAAGCCUCAACGGUCAGCGUACGAAGUUUUCUUUCUGCAGAAGAAAGAAGAGUUGAUGCAGGAAAUGAAGGAAAUAACAUUUGGAGAUCUUAAGAAUCGCAUUGACAAGGCCUGGAAUGGUCUUUCACAAGAAGAAAGACUGCAGUGGAAAGAGGAGGAGGAGAAACCAGAUAGUGAUCAUGACGAAGCCAAUUUUGAAAAGGCACAUAAUGAAGAUGAUCAAAAUAUGGCUUCUCCAGCUGAACAAGGGGGACAAGAUGACCAAGAAUCAGGAGGAAUCAUGGAAUUUGACGAAGUUGCAGCUUCAACGAGCACAGAACCACCGAAACAACUCGAUAUUGGAGAUCAAGAGAGAACUUUAACUGGCGGAGAGCUGGAUGACCAGGAAUCAGAUAAAAAUCAAGAGCGUUUACACACUCCUGUGAAGUUGGAAGUAACAACACAGUCUAAUGUCUCGAACGAAAACAAUGAGAAGAGCAAAAAUCUAUCGGAAGAACCAAAUACAGCAAACGAAACGUACGAAUUGGAGGGGUAUGACGAAGAGACGAGUGCAGGGAAAAAGUCCUCGAAGAGACCGAAGUCGCAAGAGAGAAUUAUCUUUGGAAGUGCACGGCAGAUGGCGAUUGCAGCAGCAAAGGAAGAAAUGCAACAAGAGAUGGAGAAAAAAUUGAAAGAACAAGUCCAGCAGGAAGAAACCAAGAAGAAACCUGUAGCUUCGUCCAAAAUCAAAACUGAAAACUCGACAAGAGAUCCUGCAAGGAAGGUUGAAUCAUCAUCAACGUCCUCUACCAUCCCAAGAAUAAAAGCUUUGGACUCACAUGAUGUUGAUCCUGCAUGGAUGGGGUUUGUUUACGACGAAGGCCUUGAUUCGAAUUUACAAGGACCUGAUUGUUUUGCUGAAUCUACAACUCUACAACUAAAAUCGGCGGUUGCAAGUGAAAGGAUAGAAAAAGAUGAAACAUUGGAAAGCUCUGAAGAAAGAAAAUUGAAACCAAGACUUCGGGGAAUGUAUCUCUCGGACAUCAUCAACAAGAUCUUGAUCAGAGAUUGGCAACAAGUGGUGACGAACAAGAAGCUUUACAAGUUGCCCCGAGAAAAAAGCCUAAGGGAAAUCUUGACGCUGUUCUCUUCUUGCGCAUCGAAGGACGAUAUUGACAGAAGAAACAAAUUUGCACAAAGAGAUCAAGAAAAUUCUCAUCCUUGCGAUGUCUAUGGAGGAGAACAUCUCGCACGCUUGCUCGCCAAACUUCCUGAGUUCCUCACCAACACUGAGAUGGACAAGAGCAAAGCAAGUGAAAUCGUCGAGCAGUUUCGAGAACUUGUAACAUUCAUAGAAAAGAACGUGAGUGCGAUCAUCGAAGGAGGUGAAGCAAUCUUGAGAAUUUUUUGA